AUGAUGUCCUCACCCACAGAGCAACAAUCUACAUCUGCUACAAUGGUGACACCCACAGGAACAACCGACUUACCGGCCUCAACCUCAACAAAUACAGAAGAUAUAACCAAUUCACCCUCUACAUUCUCUCCAUUAACAACUCAUUUCACUCAAACAUCUCAUGAACAACAAACUGAAACAACACCAAAAAGUACCAGCACAAGUCAGCUUCCAUUAACUAGCCAGGAAACAUCUACAACAAUGAUGUCCUCACCCACAGAGCAACAAUCUACAUCUGCUACAAUGGUGACACCCACAGAAACAACAGAAAUAACUGCCUCAACCUCAGCGCUCACCACAAAUGGAGUAACAAUAACUACCAACACUGAUCAUUCCACAACAACAAUCAAUUCCCUGACAAAUACGGAAGAUACAACCAGUUCACCCUCAACAUUCCCUCCAUUAACGACUCAUUUCACUCAAACAUCUCAUGAACAACAAACUGAAACAACACCAAAAAGUACCAGCACAAGUCAGCUUCCAUUAACUAGCCAGGAAACAUCUACAACAAUGAUGUCCUCACCCACAGAGCAACAAUCUACAUCUGCUACAAUGGUGACACCCACAGGAACAACCGACUUACCUGCCUCAACCUCAGCGCUCACCACAAAUGGAGUAACAAUAACUACCAGCACUGAUCAUUCCACAACAACAAUCAAUUCCCUGACAAAUACGGAAGAUACAACCAGUUCACCCUCAACAUUCCCUCCAUUAACGACUCAUUUCACUCAAACAUCUCAUGAACAACAAACUGAAACAACACCAAAAAGUACCAGCACAAGUCAGCUUCCAUUAACUAGCCAGGAAACAUCUACAACAAUGAUGUCCUCACCCACAGAGCAACAAUCUACAUCUGCUACAAUGGUGACACCCACAGGAACAACCGACUUACCGGCCUCAACCUCAGCGCUCACCACAAAUGGACUAACAAUAACUUCCAACACUGAUCAUUCCACAACAACAAUAUCUUCCCUCACAAAUACAGAGGAUACAACCAGUUCACCCUCUACAUUCCCUCCAUUAACGACUCAUUUCACUCAAACAUCUCAUGAACAACAAACUGAAACAACACCAAAAAGGAGCAGCACAAGUCAGCUUCCAUUGACUAGCCAGGAAACAUCUACAACAAUGAUGUCCUCACCCACAGAGCAACAAUCUACAUCUGCUACAAUGGUGACACCCACAGGAACAACCGACUUACCGGCCUCAACCUCAGCGCUCACCACAAAUGGAGUAACAAUAACUACCAACACUGAUCAUUCCACGACAACAAUCAAUUCCCUGACAAAUACAGAAGAUAUAACCAGUUCACCCUCUACAUUCCCCCCAUUAACGACUCAUUUCACUCAAACAUCUCAUGAACAACAAACUGAAACAACACCAAAAAGUACCAGCACUAGUCAGCUUCCAUUAACUAGCCAGGAAACAUCUACAACAAUGAUGUCCUCACCCACAGAGCAACAAUCUACAUCUGCUACAAUGGUGACACCCACAGGAACAACCGACUUACCGGCCUCAACCUCAGCGCUCACCACAAAUGGAGUAACAAUAACUACCAGCACUGAUCAUUCCACAACAACAAUCAAUUCCCUGACAAAUACGGAAGAUACAACCAGUUCACCCUCAACAUUCCCUCCAUUAACGACUCAUUUCACUCAAACAUCUCAUGAACAACAAACUGAAACAACACCAAAAAGUACCAGCACAAGUCAGCUUCCAUUAACUAGCCAGGAAACAUCUACAACAAUGAUUUCCUCACCCACAGAGCAACAAUCUACAUCUGCUACAAUGGUGACACCCACAGAAACAACAGAAAUAACAGCCUCAACCUCUAUGCUCACCACAAAUGGAGAAACAAUAAUUACCAACACUGAUCAUUCCACGACAACAAUCAAUUCCCUGACAAAUACAGAAGAUAUAACCAAUUCACCCUCUACAUUCUCUCCAUUAACAACUCAUUUCACUCAAACAUCUCAUGAACAACAAACUGAAACAACACCAAAAAGUACCAGCACAAGUCAGCUUCCAUUAACUAGCCAGGAAACAUCUACAACAAUGAUGUCCUCACCCACAGAGCAACAAUCUACAUCUGCUACAAUGGUGACACCCACAGGAACAACCGACUUACCGGCCUCAACCUCAGCGCUCACCACAAAUGGAGUAACAAUAAAUACCAGCACUGAUCAUUCCACAACAACAAUCAAUUCCCUGACAAAUACGGAAGAUACAACCAGUUCACCCUCAACAUUCCCUCCAUUAACGACUCAUUUCACUCAAACAUCUCAUGAACAACAAACUGAAACAACACCAAAAAGUACCAGCACAAGUCAGCUUCCAUUAACUAGCCAGGAAACAUCUACAACAAUGAUGUCCUCACCCACAGAGCAACAAUCUACAUCUGCUACAAUGGUGACACCCACAGGAACAACCGACUUACCGGCCUCAACCUCAGCGCUCACCACAAAUGGAGUAACAAUAACUACCAACACUGAUCAUUCCACGACAACAAUCAAUUCCCUGACAAAUACGGAAGAUACAACCAGUUCACCCUCUACAUUCCCUCCAUUAACGACUCAUUUCACUCAAACAUCUCAUGAACAACAAACUGAAACAACACCAAAAAGUACCAGCACAAGUCAGCUUCCAUUAACUAGCCAGGAAACAUCUACAACAAUGAUGUCCUCACCCACAGAGCAACAAUCUACAUCUGCUACAAUGGUGACACCCACAGAAACAACAGAAAUAACAGCCUCAACCUCUACACUCACCACAAAUGGAGUAACAAUAACUACCAGCACUGAUCAUUCCACGACAACAAUCAAUUCCCUGACAAAUACAGAAGAUAUAACCAAUUCACCCUCUACAUUCUCUCCAUUAACAACUCAUUUCACUCAAACAUCUCAUGAACAACAAACUGAAACAACACCAAAAAGUACCAGCACAAGUCAGCUUCCAUUAACUAGCCAGGAAACAUCUACAACAAUGAUGUCCUCACCCACAGAGCAACAAUCUACAUCUGCUACAAUGGUGACACCCACAGGAACAACCGACUUACCGGCCUCAACCUCAGCGCUCACCACAAAUGGAGUAACAAUAAAUACCAGCACUGAUCAUUCCACAACAACAAUCAAUUCCCUCACAAAUACGGAAGAUACAACCAGUUCACCCUCAACAUUCCCUCCAUUAACGACUCAUUUCACUCAAACAUCUCAUGAACAACAAACUGAAACAACACCGAAAAGUACCAGCACAAGUCAGCUUCCAUUAACUAGCCAGGAAACAUCUACAACAAUGAUGUCCUCACCCACAGAGCAACAAUCUACAUCUGCUACAAUGGUGACACCCACAGGAACAACCGACUUACAGCCUCAACCUCAGCGCUCACCACAAAUGGAGUAACAAUAACUACCAGCACUGAUCAUUCCACAACAACAAUCAAUUCCCUCACAAAUACAGAAGAUAUAACCAGUUCACCCUCUACAUUCCCUCCAUUAACGACUCAUUUCACUCAAACAUCUCAUGAACAACAAACUGAAACAACACCAAAAAGUACCAGCACAAGUCAGCUUCCAUUAACUAGCCAGGAAACAUCUACAACAAUGAUGUCCUCACCCACAGAGCAACAAUCUACAUCUGCUACAAUGGUGACACCCACAG